CCCCCCUUUGCGCAACGCUCGACAGUCGACGUAUGCGCAGUCACUAACAUCCGGGUACUGGACAAGGAUGAAAGUAAAUUACCAAGAUGGCGGCGGAGGGAGGAGGGAAGGAGAUGAACGAAAUUAAAACUCAAUUCAGUACUCGAGAAGGCGUCUAUAAACUCCUCACUCAUUCUGAAUACAGUCGCCCGAACCGGGUCCCUUUUAACUCGCAGGGCUCCAAUCCCGUCAAGGUCUCCUUCGUCAAUGUAAACGACCAAUCCGGCAACGGUGACAGGAUCUGUUUCAAUGUGGGUCGGGAACUCUACUUUUAUAUCUACAAAGGCGUGAGAAAGGCUGCUGAUCUUAGUAAGCCAAUAGACAAGAGGAUCUACAAAGGAACGCAGCCCACUUGUCAUGACUUCAACCCACUUACAGCCACAGCAGAAAGUGUCUCCUUGCUGGUGGGCUUCUCAGCAGGACAGGUUCAGCUCAUAGACCCAAUAAAAAAGGAAACCAGCAAACUUUUCAAUGAAGAGAGACUAAUAGACAAGUCCAGAGUCACAUGUGUAAGAUGGGUUCCUGGUUCAGACAGCCUGUUCCUGGUGGCUCACUCCAGUGGCAGCAUGUACUUGUACAAUGUUGAAAACACCUGUGGCACUACAGCCCCUCACUACCAGCUUCUGAAGCAGGGUGAAAACUAUGCUGUGCAUACAUGCAAAAGUAAGUCGGCUCGUAACCCAUUACUGCGAUGGACAGUGGGAGAGGGGGCGCUGAAUGAGUUUGCCUUCUCACCUGAUGGCAAGUUCUUGGCUUGUGCAAGUCAGGAUGGCUUCCUGCGUGUUUUUGGUUUUGAUGCUGCAGAGCUUCACGGAACAAUGAAAAGCUACUUUGGUGGCUUACUAUGUUUAUGCUGGAGCCCAGAUGGGCGCUACAUUGUGGCAGGAGGGGAGGAUGACCUGGUGACAGUGUGGUCAUUUUCAGACUGCAGAGUGAUUGCAAGAGGACAUGGUCACAAGUCGUGGGUGAGUGUGGUGGCAUUUGACCACUGCAUCACAAGUGUGGAAGAUGGUGACCUACCUGCUGAGUUUAGCGGUAGCGACGAGGACUUUCACGAGCAGAUUCACUGUGGAACGGGCAGAGAAAGAGCUAACAGUGCUCACUCUCGGCUUUCUAAAAGAAACUCUACCGACAGUAGACCUGUCAGUGUGACUUACAGGUUUGGCUCUGUGGGACAAGACACUCAGCUCUGUUUGUGGGAUCUUACAGAGGACAUUCUUUUCCCCCACCUUCCUCUGUCCCGUGCUAGAACUCACACUAAUGUUAUGAAUGCAACAAGCCCUCCAGUCACUGGACAAAAUAAUACUACUGUGUCCACCACUGCUGCUAAUCCUGGUGGCUCCAAUGGUAAAGACAAUUUUAGCAAUACUGGGGAUAGUGGUAAUCUAUCUGACAUUAUCUCAGACACUCUGCCACGGUCCAAUAGCCUGCCACAGUCUUCUAACCCAGCAGGGGGCAGCACACCCAACAAUCACACAGGUGGCAGCAGCAGCAGUAGCACCAGCAGCAGUAAUAAUACCACCACUAAUCUCACUAACACCACCACGACUACUACUACUACUUCUACUACUAAUACUACUAUUACUACUACUACUACUACUACUACUACUACUACUACUACUGGUACUACUACAACAACCAAGGGAAACAGUAUCAUCGAUGGUUCUCUGAUUGCCACUGGAGUCAGCAAAUUUGCUACUCUAUCUUUGCAUGAGUCACGUAAGGACCGCCACGAGAAAGACCACAAAAGAAACCACAGCAUGGGACACAUCAGCAGCAAGAGCAGCGAUAAGCUCAAUCAGCUGAGCUCAACACGGACGGCAAAAGCUGAUGCGGCCAAAACUCUGGGCACAAUAUUGUGUCCACGCAUGGAUGAAGUGCCAUUGCUUGAGCCACUUGUGUGCAAGAAAAUUGCUCACGAGAGACUUACUGUGUUAAUCUUCCUCGAGGACUGUCUGGUAACAGCCUGUCAGGAGGGAUUCGUUUGCACAUGGGCUAGGCCUGGGAAAGUGGUGAGUGACAGGCCUGUGGAGGAUACUGUCAUGUGACACCUCUCAAGUCCCUCAGAUUAUAGUACAGGAUUUGUUUCACAGCAGUUGUUCCUUCCACUGUAUCUCAUAUAUGGUUACAUCCUGUCACGUUUGCACUAAGUUCUCCUUAAAAGUUCCCUAAGUUCUCCUUAAAUUAAGUAAGUCAGCACAUUCCUUUCUGACAGUUGAUCAUGGCCUCACUGUUCUGCCAUUUCUAUUACACACACAGUAGUGUUUUGUUAUUAUCAUGUGUUAUCUGUCUCUCCACAGGGAUUGCUUUCAACUCUAGUCAAUCUAGCCAACUCACCCAGUGGAACAGUAGUAUAACCCCUGUGCUGGUGCUGCUAAUAACAGCUCCAUGCAACAGAGUCGGGGGAUGUCCAAGACCAAGGCAGUGCAGAGCUUCUACACAAACUCACAAACACCAAACCAUUUUGAUAGUCACCUGUAUUUUCAUCACUACAACAAUCCAGACAAAUCUCUUGGGUGUUCAUUUUUCUGUCAUCCAAGUUUGGCCAAGCCAGGGUUAGAAACAAGAUGCCUUUAAAGGAGGUGGGGAGAGAGAUAAGGGUGCUUUGGAAAGUGAGAGGGUGACAAUGAAGUACUCCAGGAGACACACAAAAGAUAUUCACUGGUUCAAUGUUGCAUCAAACCAGUUGUCUGAAAAAACAAAAACAUUUAUACACAGUCUGGUGUGUAGUCUGGUGUGUUUCUUUCUACAGAUAACAGUAUACAUCAGUGAAGUGUCCUCUGAAAUUCGAUGAGCUUCUGGCCAAUUUAUUUUUUGUGCUGCCACAUUCCUCAGAAUACCUGUUCAAGAGACAUGAACUAUGUACUUCCCUUACUAACAUUUGAAAACUAUGUAUCACACUGUAAAGUGUAUUUUGCACAGAAAUUAUUUUUCAGUUUUUUUUCUCCAUAAUUUGAACUGAUGACAGUAAACUUGAGUAAAGUACUUUGAUGAGAAUUUUGGAAGCACUAGGUUAAACAGUUUGUUAUUGCCUCCUGUCUCAAUGCUGGACAAUGCAAUCAUAGUUUUUUAACAUGAAUAUAAAAAUGUUUGCACUUAAGAGAUUGUCAGAGGAGAAUGGCUUUACAAUUUUUGAGUAUGUAAUGACCACCUGACAUGGUUCAAAUAUAAAUAGAUUAAAAACCUUUGUAUCUAAUGUACUUUAUUUUAAUAUAGUUUCAGAUAAAUGGGCUGUGUAUUAUAUGUAUAUAUGUUGUACUUUAAUGAUUUAUGGGUGAAACGAUCAUUACACGUUCAACGAUCGUCAUUUCAGAACAUAGUGAUAUUUCUAAACCAGAAAAUCUAUACCUAAUAUUAAAAUAAAUCUUGAAUGGGUGGACUUGUUUUCUGUUGUACAUAGAAGAGAACACAGGUGUAUUUUUGUUAAUGAAAACUUUUGUUGUAUGAGAUUAAUGAGUUCUUGUCUUCUAGUAGGUAGUACUGAGUGUUAGCUAAUCUGUCACUGCAGAUCCCUAAUACAACACAGGUAGGCAGGCACAGAUGCAGAACACAGCCAUCACUCCAAGCUCAGGUAAACCACACAGAGACGAAUGCUGGUUUUGUUUUCCUCACCUGUUAGCACUUGUUCUGACCUUCCACGUGUGUGUGUGUGUGUGUUUGAAUUCACUUCAACUUCCACCUUCUGCAGACGGGGCUGAAAUCUCUGACUCCUGUUCUGAGGAGUGAUUAUUGUCCUCAUGAUGAACAUGUGAACAAAUAUUUGACACUGUGUUGAAGAACCGUUGGCCGACGUCAGCAUGUAGUGGUCCUAUGAGUGCAGAGGUGACACUUGAUGCUCCAAGCAUCCCACAAAGACACAAAAAGGGUUUUAAAGAUGGGAGCCUUUUCCUCCAUGUGUUGCUUAUUAAAACAGCUUUAGCAGA